AUGGAGAAAAUUGAGUUUCGCGCAGUCAUCAAAUUCCUUACUAAACAAGGAAAACCUCCCCAGACUAUUUUGGAAGAAAUGUCUUCUUUUUACGGGGACUCUUGCCCUGCAAAAUUUACCGUGUCGAGACAAGGUAAACCUGCGCUUAUAUACAAAGGCUACACGUAUAGAAAACACCAAGUGUCGAAAAGGGGUAUACGAUGGGCUUGCUCUAGCCACAAGCACUGCACCGCCUGUGUUCAUACUCACGAUACUUCAGAAACUGUCGUGAAAGAGGGUGCAAAGUUUACUGUGUCGAAACAUGGUAAACCGGCGCUUAUAUACAAAGGCUACACGUAUAGAAAACACCAAGUGACUGGGAGGGGUAUACGAUGGGCUUGCUCUAGUCACAAGCACUGCACCGCCUGUGUCCAUACUCCUCACGAUAAUUCAGAAAUUGUCGUCAAAGAGGGUGCUAAUGAAGAAAUUACUGAUUUGAAGCCCGUUUUCACCACAUCUAAAAAGGGUAAACCAGUUCUUAUUCUUGGAGGCUACAAAUAUUAUCACAGUGAUCCGCUGACAGAAGUGAAGAAACCGAUGUUCACAUAUUCCCAAAAAGGAAAGAAGAAUAUAAUUAUGAAUGGUUAUAAGUUUUAUAAGAAGACAGACUCUAGAAGACCACAGAGUACGAGUAGAGCGAGAUGGGUGUGCUCAAAAGGACUGCACAUGGGUUGUACAGCUAGAAUGAUAACCCAAGAUGACACUAUAGUUGCCUGUCAGCCGUAUCAUAACCAUAAACCUUGA